CGAAGUUUUUUCAAUCUUUUAUAUAUACCACCUCUAUACUAUAAAAUACACAAGGGAGGAAUCAAAACUCGAAAAAAUCGCUACCUCCCGAUUUCGGUCGCCUCGUAUUAAUUCUUCUCGGACGUUAAACCCUGCAUUCUAGGUAUCAUUAGAUCGGGAAAGGACCAUAGUUCUUAGGAAUACCUGCAAAAUUUAAACAUCGGCAACAAUUUUAGAAGUUUUCACGCAUUUUCUUCCAGUUUACUCUCCGGUGACACUUUCUUCGAUCAGAUGUCGCGCACCAAAUUUAUUCAUGCGCUCUCAUUGGUUAAUUUUGUUGAUCAAGAUAAAUCGUACGUUGACUCGUAUUUUAGAGGGAUAUUCAAAUGAUGAGUGAAGAAGUUCUUAUUACGUGGUGAGUAUAUGUAUUAAUUUUCAUAUUUAUGUAGAAAUAUUUUAACCAUACUUCGGACAUUCGGUAGGACGUGACUAUGUAUUUCUAGCAUCAAAGCAAGUUUGAAUAUCGUUUGAAAAUCCUUCUAAAAUACAAGUCCGCGUACGAGUUAUCUUGAGCAACAUUGAAUUGACCAAUGAGAGCGCGACAUCUGAUCGAAGAAAGUGUCACCGGAGAGUAAACUGGAAGAAAAUGCGUGAAAACUUCUAAAAUUGUUGCCGAUGUUUAAAUUUUGCAGAUGUGAAAAUUAUGGAUUCAAUUCGUAAUCAUCAUUGGCGCUGGCAGUCUUGAGAUCGGAUGAAGAGUAUGCCCCCGUCUGGUGCGCUGGGGGUGACCAUGGACGACGACGCAUUGAUUGAGGCAGAGAUUGCACAACAACUCGACCAGAUUAAUCUAGAAGCCGAUGAUUUUCAGUUUGAUGAGAAUGAAGUGGAUUUCCAAGAUGAUGAUUUGGACUUUCCCUUGGAAGACCAAGAAGUGGUCUUACCUGCUGAAAUGUCAGAUUACAUAAACCAAAUUCAGAGGCAAGCUUCCGAUUUUGAGAAAGAGCUUGCAGAAUGUGACGAGUUAAUACAGCACCAGACACCAGGACCCAAGACUUUGCUAAAUGAAGACGAGCUUAGUGAUCUGGAGCAGUUGGCCAGAGAGAGAGGGGUAUCCCCUGAAACCUACCGCAAAAGGGUGUUAGAAGAGGAGGAAGAUUUCACACUGACAGACUACUCAACCCUUGUGUCGGACGACAAAGAUCAGCAAACAGAUGCUAAUGACAAUAGUAUGGCUCUAGUUCACCUGAAUGAGAGACAGCUGGAGUUUCAGAAGAUCUUCCAGGAGAACUUAAGGAAGAUGGAAGAGACUCAGAAACAGAGGGAGGAGAGACUUCAGCGGGAAAUCCAAGAGGAUAAGAAGCGAGAGUGGGACGACUUUGAGGAAAAAGAAAAAAAGUGGAUGGACAAAUUUGCUUCUCUGCAAAAGGAGGAAACUCAGUUAGUAGCAGAGAGGAAGAUGCAGCAAGAAAAGUUUGAAAUAGAACUGAAGGACAAGGAGAAUCAAUUUGAAAGAGAACUGAAAUACUACGAGGAGGAAAUAAAGAAAUUGGAAACCGAGACAAAACAAGAGCAAGAACAGCUGGACCUGGAGAGAAGCGAAGAACUGAAGAGACAGGAAGUGAAGCAGCAGACAUCAGCCACCAAGAUCCAGGCCGGCUUCAGGGGAUACAGAGUAAGGAAACUGCACAGGAAGACCCUGGACGAGCGAAGGGAGGAGAGGGCAAAGAAUUGGGAGGAGGAGAGGGUGAAGGAGGUAGAGGAGGAGAUACAGAGGCAGAAGGAGGAGGACAGACUGAAACGUGUAAAGGAAGAGGAAGAAGAAAAGGAAAAGAUAGAAGAAGAAGCGAGAAGGAAAGCUGAGGAGGUUGCAAAGAAGAAAGCCGAGGAAGAGGCAAAGAAAAAGGAAGAAGAAGCUAAAAGAAAAGCAAAGGAAGAAGAGGCUAAGAGGAAAGCAGAGGAAGAAGAGGCAAAGAGGAAAGCUAAAGAAGAAGCAAAGAAGAAGGCUGAAGAAGAAGCAAAGAGGAAGACCGAAGAAGAGAUGAAGAAAAAGGCAGAAGAAGAGGCAAAAAGGAAAGCUGAUGAAGAGGCAAAGAAAAAAGCUGAAGAGGCAAAGAAAAAAGCUGAAGAAGAAGCAAAGAGGAAGGCUGAAGAAGAGGCAAAGAGGAAGGCUGAAGAAGAAGAAGCAAGGAAAUCAGCAGAAGAAGCAAAGAAAAGAUUAGAAGAAGAAGAAAAGAAAAAAGCUGAGGAAAUGGCAAAAAGGAAAGCUGAAGAAGAGAUUAAGAAAAGUGAAGAAGAGGCUGCUAAGAAAAUAGCAGAGAGUGCAAGAGAGGAGGCUGUGGUUGAAUCAAAAGAGAAAAAGAAUGUGUUGAGGAAAUCACAAGUACGAAUGUCACAAGAAACGUCCGGAUCUCCCCGACCAAAGUCUGCCAGAUCCAGACCUAAGUCAGCCGCCAAACGCAGUGAAGAUCUGGACAUUUUUGACAUGGACGACACAAAGAAGUUACAAACUUCAGCACACUUGCUUCAAGGCCUGCCGGAGAAUCUGGAAAAGCUGCGCUUACAGUGGAUAAAGGAAUGUAUGCCAUGGAGUAAGGUGAGCAAUGAACCGUGGAAGCUGAAGACAGGAACUUCAAAAUCCAUGCGACGGCCAACGUCGGCCAAAAAGCUGCAGGCAUUGAGUGAGGACACGAUAUUGAUGGCCGCCCGAGUGUCAACACUCAGACAGGUGACAACAGUAGAGUUACGGGACCUGCCUGGCUGUAAUAUCUCUACACUGGGGCAGUGCUGGGGUCUGAAGACACUAAAGAUGUCCAAGUGUAACCUGACUGUGGUAGAGGGGCUACAGCAGUGUAAACAGCUACAUUACCUAGAUCUACAGGAUAACUUUAUCCAGUAUGUGGACCUGAAGGAUCUAAGUAACCUGACCUUUCUUGACCUUUCCCACAAUUCCUUGAGUUCCAUCCAUGGACUCUCAGGAUGUUCUAAUUUGAGGUGGCUAGAUCUUUCAAAGAACAAGAUAACCAGAAUAGGUGGCACAGAGUCCUUGAGGAGACUCCACACCCUGAAACUAUCACACAAUCAGCUGAUCAGCACAACUGGUCUGAAUGACACGCCCACUCUACAGAUGAUUGACAUGUCCAGCAACCACCUGCAGAUGGUGGAGGAUGUCAGCAAGUUGUGUCUGCUACAGAGUCUGAUGGUGUCCUCCAAUAACCUACAGAAGCUUCCCUGUCUGAGGAAUCAUGUGUUGAUGAGAGUGUUGUGUUUGGAUGAUAACAGUAUUACAAACCUGGAAGAUCUGCAGUGUGAUUGGCUUCCUCUCCUAGAAGUCCUCAAUCUGUCUCAAAACAGUAUUGAAGAUUUGGUGCCAUUAAAUAAUCUUCUGAUCUUAAAACAUUUGGACAUAAGUCACAACCAAAUCCUAGAGGUUGAGUCGGUGUCUGCUAGUGUCACAAAAUGUGUUCAUUUAGAGAGCUUGAGUGUAGCAGGAAACCCAUUCACAGAACUGACAAAUCUGGAUUUGUCUUUGCCAAGUCUGAAGAGAAUAGAUGAGCGAGUUUUGGGUAGUGGCGGUACAGAGGUGAAGCCGCGGACCAGCUUUGAGGCCAUGUGUCUGAGUCAGACCAAGGUGUAUACAGAGCUAGCCAACAGUCUGCUCCAGGAUGUGGGAGCAGAGAAGAGUAAGCUGCCCUUGGAUCUGGGUGCUCUCUGUGAUUUGUACUUCAAGUACUGUGACACUACUCAGAAGCUUGCGGAGGAGCACAGAUACGCACACGAAUACGGAGAAAUCACCAUGGCAGUGCCUACAGCGCCCUCUACACCUAAAUCUAGUCAGCGACCUCCAUCCUCAAAGUCGGUGCGUCAGGCCCAGCGGGAGAGUCACCUCCUGAACCCCAAGGAGAUGUUUGAACGGGCCGUCAAGACAUCAGAGAAAGGAAACAAGGAAGGAGAAACAGCAAUGAAUGGAGAAUCACUCGCAAGUCUCAGUGGUUCAAUGGAUGGAAGAAUUCAUGCUGGCCUCAAUGAAAAGAAACCUCCAAAUCUUACAGCCAAGGCAGUUAAAGCUCUAGUUGAUGAAGAUUUUGGUGUAAGCCAUAGUAGCGAAAUGAGUGACCUUCAGAAUGUGGCAGCCACUAAGAUCCAGGCCUGUUGGAGGGGUCACAGGGUCAGGAGGCGGAUCUGGGGCACUGAGGUCAUGGGUCAAGGACUGGAUGAGGUGGACCAGGAAAUCCUCCGAGAACUUCACCAGGCAGCCACCAAAAUACAGGCUGUGUGGAGGGGCUAUAUCCUGAGGGUCAGACUGGAACAGGCCCUGGAGUUCGCCAAGUUUGAGGACGAGGAUGACUUUGACUUCCAGGAGGUGGACCUCAAAGAUUUAAACUUCAACGAGGAAAUGUUAGAGGACUGGAAACCUCCACCCACCCCUCAACUCCCAGCAAAUCACCCAGUUCUUGGGAAGCCCCCCAUCGGUAAACUGAGCAGUCCCCCGGGCAAGAUCCCGUCCCUGAACCUAGGUGACAAACCGCAGCCCCCCGGGAAUCCCCGGCGUGCCUGGAGGGGCAUGGAUUCCCCCCUGUCAGAGGCCCCCCAGAACGGUCAUGUGCCCCGCCCUCCCUCCAUCGUCAGUGCAACGGACACCCACAGGACAGCCAUGUCAAAGAAAGAGGAGCAGAUCUCGGAGGAGUGGGGUUUCAGAGACGCAAACACAGCACAUGUAAUGAUGCAGCGAGCCAAAAAACUAAAAUACAAUGCAGAACGCAGGAAGAAGCUGGGCAAACUGGAUCCCAAACAGAGGCUGGCCUUGUUCAGGCGACUUGAAGAAACAAAUGUCACAAGGAAACCAGUGUCCCAGCCCUCACGACAGACCCUACCCCGCAAAGAAUACUUCCAGGCGCGACAGGAGGAGAUCGAAAAGCAGGAUCUGGAGAAGCGAGUGAUGGCCAACCUAAGGAACAGCCGAACGUUUGAGUGGCUCCACAACCAAGUGGGCAGCUUCGAGGACCAGGAGCCCCACCUACAGCACCACCCGCAACCCCAGCCCCACUCCGUGAAGCUGAUGAGGCAGAUGUAUGACAACAAUCUCCCGAGACUUGACCCCCAGGGGGGUAGGAACAACAGACUCACAGGGAGCCCUGCAAUGGAUCUACAGUCAGUGGACAGUGUUAGUCUACAAGGGGAGAUGAUUCAGCCUCCACGACGAUUUUCAGCGGGUUCCGAAGCCUCAAGUGGAGCAAGAUUCCCUCCCAUUAAAACAAACUCUGCAGGGUCAGGACAAAAGAGGGAGAGGAUCUCAUUCAGGGACAAUGAGGUCAAACUGGGAAUUGGGUGGGGAGGGGGGAGGAAGAGAGGUCAGCGCAUGUAAACACCUGAGGAUGUUAUUACUGCGGAGAAAAAAUAGGAGUGUGUCUAUUUUUAUGGUUAAACAUUUCAAAGAUCUCGUGAAAUGUGAAAAUUUUAGAUUAUGAAGAAACUCUUUAUUAUUGGUGUUCAUAUGAAAUGUUGUCAUACGGCCAGCCAAAUAAGUUCCGCUAGUACAACACUACUGCUUUAAUUGUCAGAAUGCUUUGUUUCUUACUGUGUUAAUGUCCCAACUUUAAUUGUAGUGUUUGACUUGAAUAUUCUGUAACUUCACAAAGACUUUGUAGAAAAUAUGAAACCAUGCACCAAGUACAGGUCUGAUGUGAACGUCAGUCUUUUUUAACUGUGUUUUUUUUUUAAUUUAUUUAUUUUCUUUUAAUUUUAUUUUUUGCAAGAAUCUCGCUAAAUAAAUACAUUUACUUGACGCUGUAGUCAGCAAUUUCCUUUAUGGAUAUUUAUGCAUACAAUUUUGCUCUAGCGAAGAAUUGAAGCUUUUGAUUAAGAUUAUUCCAUCAAGUGAAUUUCUAUUUCACAAAUGUGUUGUUAUAUUUCUGUUACUUUUAUAUACAAAUUAUCCGUCCACAAUCUGUUUUUAUUUAUUCUUACAUUGAUUCAUCUCAAUAAAUUGAGGCCAUUUGGAAAAAAAUAGCAAUUCUUAUUUUCUAUUUGUCCUUACAAUUAUGAAUCGUCCUUGAAUGGUCAUGUCUUGCUAUACAGAAAUUAACCCAAAUCCUAGUGAUAGGUAAAGACGAGAGUUGAGGGUGGCAAUAUCUGGUUCUGUGGGAUAUAAGAUGAAUUUAUCUGGUCAAAUAAUAAAAAAUGUCAUGCACUUCUUGUCAAUUAUUCUUCUGUGAUUGGAUCAAAAAAUGUUCAAUAUUUUAAUAUUUGCAAAUGUCAAAGCGUAUGAUGAAAUAAAAUGUUUGUAAAGCUUAA